AUGUCUUCCUCCUCCUCCCCCUCCUCUUCCUCAGAGCUGCCCUACUUUUGUCCUCGCUGUGGUGACAAGUUUCGUUUCUUGUCUGUACCUGAGCUCCAGGCUCACCUGGUCAGCCGACACACCUAUGAGACCCUGCUGGUGCUGUCGCAGGCUCGGGUUCGAAGCUCCAGACCAGGCGUCCUCCUCCCGCUCCCCAGCCCUGCUGUAUCCCAAAGACAGGGCUCCUCUCUGGGCACGGAGCCCCACAGCUUCCCCCUGCAGCUGGCCUGCCUGGAUCUCGCCUCGUCGUCCGCCUCCAUCCAACUGCUCAGGGAAAUGUUUGGCUCUUCAGAUCGCGCUCUUCCCGCCUCCACAGGACAUCCACAGACCCCCUCCACCGCUCUGGCCCUCCCCGGCUCUCUGGAGCCUUUUCCUGGGAAGAACGUUGGCGAAGUGGGGGUCCUGGAGUUUGGGCUGUCGGUGGGGAUCGGGCUGGAGGAGCGACUGGGGCUCGGGCUGGACCGUAAGAUCGCCCGGAUGUUCGCGGAGGUGGAGGAGAGGGUCAACCGCCGCAUGGGUCGGCUGAGGGUGGCGCUACAGAGGAGAGAGGCGGAGCUAGAGCGGGAGAGGUGGGAGGGGGAGCGACUGAGAAGUGAGAAACAGGAAGUGGAGGAGAGGGCGGCGUACCUGUCCAGACAGGUCUCAGCUGCCAUGGAGAUGAUGCAGCGAUUAAAGAGAGAUCUGCACGGAAAAGAGAAGGAGCUGAAUGAACGACAACAGGAGAUGGUGGACAUUGAGCGUUUUCUGAGGGAGACAGCAGAGAAAGAAGCAGAGGCCAAAACCAGACUGCAGGUGUUCAUCGAGACGUUGUUGGAACGAGCCGACCGCGCAGAGAGACAGUUACUGCAGCUCAGCUCACACACACAUCACAACCGCUUCACACACCACAACGACAGAUACGCACACACGGACGUAUACGUUGACCCGUACGCGCUCACACAGGUAUACACACCUGUACUGGGCCGGGGAGGACGCAGUCUGGACGGAAGCACCGACGACAUUGCGAGCAAGUUGCAGGGAACCAUCGGCAACCGGAGGAGUUACAGUGUUUCAGGUUCCUGCAGACUGGGGGAGCAGCUGUACAGCGACCAUCACUACAGCGGUCUGACCGGACGUAUGCGGACCUUGUCUCUGGGUUCGGGGGGGUGGGACUGUGAGGACAUCCCCUCCUCCCUCCGCUCCACCCCCUCCCGUCAUCAUGGUGACAGACAGCUGGGGGCGGACACCUUGAGGCUGAGGGCGGGGCUUUUAUGCGUCUUCCCGUAUUUGGACGCGCGGUCGUUGCUGUGCGCGGCCGAGGUAUGCUCGGAUUGGCGGUUUGUCGCGAGGCACCCAGCGGUUUGGACACGCCUCCGGCUGGAGAACGCCAGAGUGUCGACCGAGUUCCUGACCACUCUGUCUCAGUGGUGCACUCAAACUCAGUCUGUGGUUCUCAACAACCUGAAGCCACGAAGCAGACGAGCUGACGAGGCGCGGGAGGAUUACCACAGGAACACCAGGGGCAGUGUGGAGCCGGGGGUGGAGGCUCUGCUGCGGUCAGCAGGGGGCAGUCUGCUCCACCUGUCUGUGUCUCAGUGUCCUCACAUCCUCACUGACAGGACGCUGUGGUUGGCCAGCUGCUACUGCAGGAACCUGCAGACGCUCACAUACAGGAGUUCAUCAGACCCUCUGGGUCAGGAGGUUCUCUGGGCCCUGGGUGCUGGCUGCAGGAACAUCAGCAGCCUGCAGGUGGCGCCGGCUCAUCCCUGCCAACAACCAACUCGUUUUGGAAACCGCUGCCUGCAGACGAUUGGUCGAUGCUGGCCACACCUCCACUCACUCAGUGUGGGCGGGGCCGGCUGUGGGACUCAGGGAUUGGUUUCUGUUGUGCGUACCUGCGCUCACCUGCAGGUGUUGGAGUUGGAGCGCAUCACCGACAUGGGCCUGCAGGUGGCGAUAGAGCUGUGUCGAGCCGGACUGAAGAGUCUGCAGACGCUGAUCCUGACGCACACACCUGUCAGCGGUCAGGCCAUCCUGCACUUCCACAGUGUGUGUGACAAUAUCAGGUCCAUCAUGGUCGAGGUCUCGGUGUCGGAUUACUUUGAGGAGGCGGACACUCAGGAAGCUCAGCACCUGUUUGGAGAAAUCCUCAGCACAUUAAAGGUUCUUCAGAAGCGUCCCGGCCUGUGUGAUGUCCUGCAGGUUAAAGCUGAAGGAUUCUGCUGA